CCGUUUUCUUUUAAAGUUCGUUGGUCCGCGUGCCUUUCAGUUUAGACCUAUUUAUUUUUCUUUAACUGGUUUGCUCUAGCUUCCGGUUUCUCAAGGCCCAUUCUCCCGCCAAUUUCACGCCGCGACAUAGCGAUAUCGGAUCAUCACAAGUCCGGGCUGAUACGUGCAAACGAUAAACUUCUUUGCUUGAUAAUAUUUCAUCCUUAUUUUGGAAGGGCAUGUAUCACACCAUUGCUAUUGCCCUUGGGACGAUAAGCUUAUUAUUAGCUUCAGUUUCAUUAGUCUCCGCUUUAGACGCGGAGUUCGUCGUGAACACAACAAAUGGCCCAGUUCGUGGAAAAGUCAUCCCUUUGAAUACAAGAAAAACAGUCAUUCAGUACCUUGGAAUACCGUUUGCCCGGGCCAAGCGAUUUGAGGCCCCUGAAUCGCCAAAGCGAUGGGAAACAAUUAAAAACGCUACUUCGUACGGUGCUUCGUGUCCACAGCUGCCAAGCAUAUUAUUAAACAACUCAACAAAGAUCGAAGAGGAUUGUCUCUCAGUGAAUGUCUUUGUUCCCCGCGAAACACGAGGUGUUUCGCUGUGGCGAGUUAUGGUAUGGAUAUACGGAGGAGCAUUUCAGUGCGGUACUUCAGCGUAUAAAAUGUACUAUGGUGGGUAUCUGGCAACUGAGGGUCAAGUUUUAGUCGUAACUUUCAACUAUCGAAUCGGUGUGCUGGGGUUUUUGUCUACGGGAACAGAAGAUCUACCAGGAAAUUUUGGGCUUUUGGAUCAAGUAAAGGCGUUAGAAUGGGUUCAGGAGAACAUAGAAAAGUACGUUAACUAUUUAUUUUAUACAUAUAUUAAGCCUGGUUUAAUCAAGAAGGCCCGAAAGGAGCGCUUUUCGUAUCAGUAGCGUAGGGAGGGGUAUGGGGGGCCAUUGAGAAAUCCCGGGGGUUUCUGUCGGGAAAUAAUAUUAUCUUAAGGGCUCUGAAAAGUGUACUUCAGGGCAUUUUGAGCGACAAAGGAAGAAUUUCAAUUUGAUUCUUGGCUUUGUAACUAUUUUAUUUAACUCUGAAAAUGUAAUGCUGUGCAAUGUUACCUCAGUUCCCUACCUUCCUAUCUUACAACAGGGCAAUGCUGAGCUAGGAAAACUUGUGAAUGUCGGAUUGAGAAAAUUAAAAUUGUUUCAGUCUCAAAAUAUUCGCGAUGAAAUAACGAAAUAAACCAAAGUGUCUACGAUGGUAAAGUAGCUUCCAACUUCAUCAAUCACAUGCACCUCUGCUGCUUAUCUUGUGAUGCUUCAUCAGCUCAAACUGUGACACCCCACUCUCAGCCCAAACACACUUCUGUUCAAGUGUCCAAAAUACAUUGCUUCUGACAUUCUCGCUCUUUUUAUCCCUGUUAAACGUCAUUUAUGUUUUCAUUUUUUGUUCAACGUGAAAAUCACAAGUACCCGUUUUCAAAUAUUGAUAGCAAAAUGAGCAGUUCUCUGUGGUGGCCUAGAGCUGCCAUAGGGAUUUUGUUUUAUUUCCAGCUUUUUCCUUUUAUAUGAAUGGUUUUAGUUAUCUCAUUAAAUUGUUUAUUUUAUUUUAUACAUUUUAUCUUAUUGGGCAAUUCCAGAAAAUAUCCAUACCCAACCACGGACGGCUUCCAUGUUUUAACCCCCCCUUGCCUUCGGAAAUUCCAAAAUGCGCUACCCCCCCAUGCCCUCAGAAUUCCAUAGUCGUGAACCCCCCCUCCCCUUCAGAAUUUCCGGGUUUUUUUUGGAAGUACAUUUUCGACUUAGCAACGCCUAUAAGAAGAAACGAACAUGAAUUUAUGCCUCCUCAAGGCUGUGAUCUAGCGGCGCCAGGUGACAAGCUUUACUCUUCAGUGACAAGAAAAACCUACGCUAGUUGCCAGGCCGUGCAAACUCCUUUUUAAGUCCGAAUUUGGCCAUAAAAAUAAACACCACUUAAGGUAAUUUUACUCCUCUUUGUUUUCUUGUGCUGUUUUGACGUUUACAAAGGAAAAUAGCUCAAACAGACUGUUAAAAUCUUUUGGCGGUCAAAUAUACCGUCCGAGUCGUGUUAAGGCCCCUUUUAUAAAUCAUGUAGUGCGCAUUAAAAGCGUUCUAAUCUGACAGGCGUUCCUUGGAAGUGAGGGACUGGUGCGAGUUUUUUACUGUUUGUCAGACGGUUUCGGACGGGAGUAACAAGAAAUUUGCAAGCGGUAUUAAAAGAUACAUUUUCAGUUUUUAUUCACGUGACAAGAAAUUCAUCAAGGUAAAUGUGACCAACGUUUUACUGUUCACUUCUAUAGGUUAUGAGCGUAAACACGUGUCUGAUCUAUCGAUGCUUGUCUUCUGCUUCCGCGGUCAUACGUUCGUGGUUUAUUUACGAACUACAAAAGUCCACAACAAUAGCGUUUUCCAGGAACUUACUCUACACUUUCUACUCCAGAAAUCCCACCUGUGGAAUUCCCCCAUACCUUCGGAUUUCAAAUCGUAAAUACCCCCCCAUGCCUUCAGAAUUCCAUAAUCGUGAAUCCCCCCUCCCCUUCGGAAAUCCUUAAAGCCGUCCGUGGUAUGGUAUGGAUAUUUUCUGGAAUCGCCCAUUUUCAUUUCAUUUCCAAAACAAUUUAAAAUGAAAAGUGAAAGGAAAUCAAAGCCUUCUCUGUUAAAUGAAAUUAAUCUCAAAGCGAUUAAGUCAAUUGAAAGUAGGUGAAAUUAAAACAAAUUGAAAAAUUUAUGUCGGUGACCUAAAACUGCCAUAGACCAAGAUGCCUUGCGGGCUCAACCAAACAUGGCAGACUGAAGGAGAUCCUGGGGCACGUUUAAGAAGGAGAUGAAAGCAAAUCGGCGUAAAACAGGAGAUAGUGGUGGGAAGAAAAAUGACAAAGGCAACAUUCUGGAGAGACAAGAGUUGGUAGUGCAGAAACUGCAGGGGACCUUAGAAGUAUCAAGGAAGGCCCAAAAGUAUACUAGAGUGGGGCCCCGCGAGUUUGUGCAGUACGAUGUGAAGGGAUAAUUAAUCUCCAUUGAAGGGAUAAUUAAUGUACAAACCGCCAUGCACCAAGAUAUCUUAGUAAUUCAUUGCCAAAUUUAAUGGUAGUAACUCUCAUUAACAUUUCCUAGCUCAGCAUUGCCUUGUUGUAAGAAAGGACAGGGAGGUCAAACAAAAUAAUAAAAAAAUAUAAAAUAAAUAAUAAAACUACAAACACGUUAAAAUUAUAUACUUUGAAAGUUAAUUAUUGUAUUAUGACAAAUUAAUCGCAGUGAAGAUGGGAAAUGCAAACUUGCAAUUUAGUUUUCCCAAUUCAAAUCUUUUUGUUAGAUUUGGAGGUGACCCAAAUAAUGUGACAAUAUUUGGCCAGUCAGCUGGAGCUUGUAGUGUUGGUCUUCAUAUGAUGUCUCCAAUGAGUGCAGGUCUUUACCACAAGGUUAUUCUUCAAAGUGGAACAGCAGCCUCAACUUUUGCUAGUAUGGACAACAAAACAGCAAUUGAGAGUGCAAAGUAAGUUCACACAUUGCAAGAUGCUUUAAAUUAUUAUUUUAUGUUCACCUUUCUUUAAUUGACAGUCCUCCUACAAUGGAGGUAAAAAGUGUUAGGACCUUCCCAGUGUAAAACUAAGUGUCGCUUCCGCCUCCCAUACCACAAAGUUGAAUUUUGAGCAAAAUGAGUGGAUAGAAAUGAAAAGGAGACAGAGAAAAUUAACUCUACAUGUAGAUUCUGAAAUCGUGACAUUGUAUGGUUGUACCUCCUGCUUUUUGAGGCAUUAUAACCUGUAUCUCUCACUGUUUUUCGAUCGACUGGCACAACAUAAAGUAAUGAAAAAUGUGUUGAUGUCUUUAGGGAGACUUGUCAUGGGUAAUGGCAGCUGACUUAAUCUACGUAUGAGCGUGCGAUAAAUCAUGUUGUAGUUGGUCUAAUUCCUUUGAAAUCCCAUCCAAAACGCUUAAAAAAUGACAUAGUUAAAGUUGUUUAAAUAUGGAGGUCAAUAAGAAGCAAUGUUUGAACUAAAGGUCCAAAUGAACUUAUAUAUUAACCUCAUUGCUCCUCAGCUGAGCUGUUACGGUGUGAUAAAGCAGGUAUCUUUUUCAACUGUUUUAGGUAGUCUGCAAUAUCCUGACCUGAUGGUACAUCGUCACACGGUGCACUUGAAAGGCAUGAGGUGCAACACCCAUCUCUCCACCCUGGCCAAUGGUUUGGACUUUGGUCCAUAAAUAGCCUCCAAAGCUUUACAGUCAGUAACCAGCUGAAAUGACUCUAUAGCCCUGAUAGAUAAAGAUUGAAUCUCUCACAACCCCAGACCACUGCUAGCAUCUUGUUUUCCAUCUGGCUAUACUGGCACUCAACCUCACUUAAGCUACAGCUCGGGAAUGCAACUGCUCUCUUUAUUCCCAAUGCUCCUACACUAGUAUUGCCCCAAGUCCGACAGGGCUCACAUCAGUGACCGUCUCAGUUGGAGCGUUCUUGUCAUAGAAGGCCAUAAAUAUUGAUGCACCUUAGCUAAAGUCCCAAUAGUGAGUAACGCCAAUUUUCUCCUAACGAUAUCCAUACAAUGUCAAGCGAUUAGGUUAUGAGAAUUAAUAAAAUGAUCACCUAAGGGAAAAUGCCCUGAUCAUUUAUCAAAUUCUCUCAACUCAUUCGUGAAGGAAAUGUAUGGAGAUCAGUUUGGAGAGUUUGUAUGUGGAUAUUGGGGCUUAAAGGGUUAAUGCCUCAGAUACUUCAUUUUCCUCUUUGGCCCACAGCUGCCACUUGGUGUCUUGUUCUCUCAACUCUCGUAGUGGUUCUGCGGUUGUUGCAAAAUUUGGCAAGAACCUCAAGCUGAAACUGAUAAGUCCCAGAAAACUGUGCAACUCGGCAACACUAGAAGGGGGUCUGUUUCACGAACUGUGUUCUGACCUUUUCCUCUGUUGAUCCCACGCCAUGCUGACUUAAAAGCAAUCCCAUGAAAACAAUUUGAUUGAUCAUUCCAAUCUUGUCCUUGUCCUUGCUAAGGGUCAGGUUUUUUUUCCUGUAAUUGCCCUAGCAAUUUCACCUGGUUUCUGUCAUGCUCCUCAGUUGUCCAUUCAUAUACAACAAUGUCAUCAGCUAUGUUGGUGGCACCAGGGCAAUCAGCAAUUGCAUGUCUAAUGAUGCUCUGAUACUGUUCAGGAGCAUUCAUGUUCAUACCAGAACUCAACCUCUUGUAAGGAUACAAUGAAUCACCGUCUGAAAAUGUUGUGAUAUCCCUUGACUCCUCCUCAAGCUCAAUUUGAAUUGCUUUGUUGGCAUGCAUCAUGUCGAGACAUAUUACGCACAUCAUCCUUGUUUGGCUUAGAAGCUAUCACAGCUGGCCUGACCCUGCUUGUUGGGCCUAAAAACUUUCUUGUUGAUGUCAAGGUUAAGAAGCUUGCUAAUCUUUCUCUGGACUUUAUCUCUUUCAAAGGGUAAGGGAUCCACUUCGGUUUCUGUGCUUUUGUUGUAAGUACUUCACGAUUGAUGUGCAACGUUAAGCUGGUAGCCGCGGACAACUUGCCAAUCCCAGAGAACAUCUUUGAGAAACACCUCACGAUACCGUUGAUAUCACUUUUUGUGAAAUAUAUGGUCGUCAUGUUCACCAGUUCUGGUCCAACCUUCAGCACUUGUAGCCUUUUAGCAGCUGGGCUACCAAGCAAAUAUGGCCCUUCUCCUUGUAUUUAUACAAGAACAGUUUCCACUACUUUUUUCCCUUGCCACUCAAUGUAGCUUCAAAUUUACCACACCCAUCGCCAUAGAGUUGAUGACAUGAACAUUCGACCUGUCUUCUGGUAUUAAAUUUGCUCUGAGGCCACUCCUCACUAGGUUGUGAAACUGCUCCUCAACAAGCUCCUCAAGCCAUUAAUCUUCGCUGCAUUAUUGUUAUCUUCACUGGCCCUUUCCUCAUUGUAGUUAAUUGGCAAGGCAAGUGGUUCCUCUUCACUGUCGUAGUCCACUUGAUUAACUUGUUGGCCCCUUUUUUUAAAAUUAUGUCCACUGGUAGCACCACAGGAUCGCCAAUCAUUACUCCCACUUGCUCUUCCAUCACUUACACAAUUUCCCUUUUCCAUCUGCCUCAUUGCUGCAACACGCUGCACAGUGCCCUCUCUUGCCACACUUAGCACACAACUUUCCUUUCGCAGGACACACCUUGUCACAUGCAAUUGCCCAGAUCUACCACACCCAUGUAGCACUUGUGCAUGCCUUGCCCACUUGGCUUUCCUUGGCCUGCUCUGUCCUGCACCAAAUUCACUCUGCUCUUUUCCCCUCCUUUUUGCAAUUGCCUGACGGCAUACUUUUUUCCAUGCUCUGGCUGUAGUCAAGGCUGCUGCAAGCUGUAUAUUAGGAACCUCAAAUAGCUUGGUCCAUAACUCUUGGGAUGAUACUUUCUCCAGCAGCUGGUCUCUUCGUGCAAAUUCGACCUCUUCAACUCCAUAGCCACAGUGUCUUACUUGUUUCCUUAGCCAAAGCACUAACGAGUCCACAUCUUCCCCGGGAUCUUGACCUAGUUGGUGAAGAAUGGCUUUCGCGUGCUGCGUUUUCUUGCACGUGAUAGUAUGCAUUCAGAGCACAAAUGGUUUAUUGAUAAACGUCAUCGGCUUGAUCUUCUAGGGGAACAAUUUUAGGAUUCUCAAAAAUAUCCUGCAUUCCAGAACCGGCCCGAUAAAGUAAUUUGCUUCUCGUUCUCACGGGAUUUUGUAGGUGUAGGCUGGUAUGUGAAUCCUUGCAGCCAAAUACGCCAUUGCUCACUCAAUUCCGAUUUUGAUCCUCAAAUAACCAUCAGUCUGAUAUUACUUCCGGCCAUGUCACCGGGAAAUCUCAUUAACUUGAUCCUUGUGGCUAAUGUAAAUGUCUGAAUGCCAGAUCAGUCCUUGAUGGGGGUGGAUUAUACACUCAGGGAACACACAUUUCAGUCAGCCAUAUUGUAUUGUCACACUCACCCACAAUGCAUUACAAGAAUGGGUUACACAGGCAACCCAAUAUACAAACACUACUGGUUAAUAGAGAUUUUAUGUUAAUAUUUCAUUCUGCAGUGUUAAAAAUGUACAAAUUCUAAUUCAUGACUGUUGCCUGCCAACAGAACAAUUGCAAACCUUCUUGGGUGCAGUAUGGAUGGAUUAAAGAGCUGUUUGGAAAAAAAGAGUGUAACUGAGAUACUUAAAGCCCAGAAAAAUUUAACAAGUAGUAUAACCAGUGGCCGACCAUUCCUGCCUGUUGUCGAUCAUAAAUUUCUUUAUGGUGAGUUUGAUAGUGUCAUAAAUAAUUGUUUUUAAUCAUUGAUUUUAUUAUGGAUUUGUUCUAAUUUAUCACAGGCUCAGGUCCAUCAUGAAAAGGCCAAAAUAUAAAUAACUUAUUAACCUCCUCCGUUCAGUCAUUACAGGGAAAUCUCAGGCCUUAAUUGGCCUUGAUGUACGUGUAUUGAACAAGUGAUAGCGAGUCCACUGGUAGAAAUUCAUCAGGGGUGCUCCACGGGGGUAGUCCAUGGACCGGGUCCACAAAGGGGUCCAUAGACUAGGUCCACAGGGGUGGUCCAUGGACUGGGUGUCCAUGAUUUGUAUACGUUCAUGUACAGUGUGCAAAGAAAGUCGUGUCCGAUAGCCUGGGGCUAGUGGAUUUUGAUAUUGGACUAGUGAUUUUUGUUCUUAACUUGCCCAAUGGGCAAGUGCUGUCUUUUUGGGAAAUUCAAAUUACAGGAUUGUAAUCAAUCCUGCUAAUUCAAAAGGGUUUGGGGGCUAGUUGAAAUGACUCAUGGGCUAGUACAUGCUAGCUACAGCUUGCCCGAAUGGCAGGCUGUAAAACUCACUUUCUUUGCACCCUGAUCACAUCUUAUUUUCAUAAUAAUGAGGAUUACUGAAUGUUUUUUGGGAAGAUACAGCAACAGCAAUAAAUUUUCAGGCUGUAUAUAAAAGGUCUAAAAUUUUAUUGCAUGAACGUGCCUGCUGACUUAUAAUAUUGUUUCUGUAUUUAUUUUGCUCCAACGGUUAAAUCUGCAGAUCUUCCUUUCAAUCUUCUAGUCAAUGGAGAGUUUAAUCAGACAGUUCCAGCUAUGAUUGGUGUCACUCAGAAUGAAGGAGGAUUUUUUGUUCUUCCCAUAAAAGGUUAUAAAGUAAACAUCUUAAAUGCUUAAUUCAGGGCUUGCCUACCCAGACAUCAGGCAAAUAACUUUUAACACUCACUUGUCAGAUAGACAAAGCAAGCAAGCCAUCUUCUACAUGUAACUAGAUCAUAAACUGACUCAAGGAUGCUAUGGCCCCGGAGUAAGCAAAAUUUGAGCUCAGCUUGCCAGGACAAACGGAAAUGUAACUGUUCUUUCAAGCCAUAUACAUUCAGUUUCAAUUAUGUGACUACAUUUGCUCUUUAAACGAUUGUAAUACGUGCAGUUACAGCUGUGUAGUGCAUUGCUAGAGCAUGACAGUAGAGACCUUAAGGUGCAAGCAUGGUGACGCCAGGGAAAAAUGUCGCUUAUAAAGUAAAUUAGUUUGCAGUUAUUCGUCACGAUUAUUCCAACUCGUUUACUUCAUUAAAUAUAAGCAAACUCUCCUGGAGUUGAAUUUCCAAGAGCCUUAUCCAAGUUGAGAAAGAAAGUAAAAUUUCGUCAACUGCUUAUUUACAUUCUCCAUAAAAAAAGGAAAUUAGGUAUUUUCACAUCGUAGUCAUGCAAAAAACUACAAAGAAAUGUACAAAACAGUGUGCUUCACGUGCAAAGUUGUUCUUUUGCCUAUUAAACCUAUUGCUUUUUUGACGUUUUCGUUGCCCUAGUCGACGUUAGAUCGGUAUCUAAUGGUUUCUCUUUGUCUCAUUCUUGUCUGUCAUAUUUAUUUUGAACAUUCCUUAUUGUAGGCAGAUAUUAUUAUAAUAAUUAUUAUUAUGAUUAUUAUGAUUAUUAUGAUUUGGUUAAAUGUAAUUUAACUAAGUUAACCACCACGAGCUUAGCGGUCAAGCGGUUCACAAGCGUAGCGGUCAAGCAAUUCACAAGCAUAGCGGUCAAGCGGUUCACAAGCUUAGCAGUUGAGCGGUCCACAAGUUAAGCGGUCUAGCGGUCCACAAGCUUAGCGGUCAAGCGGUCUACAAGCUUAGCGGUCAAGCGGCCCACGAGCGUAGCGGGCAUCCAGCGGUCAAUCCCAUAAGUGCAGGCUCACAUGGUGUGUGGUAGCUUUGUACAUGGCUAGGAUCUGCGAGUUGUUCAUCGAGCGUUUGUGCAGUGGUCUGUGGAGCGGUUCAUUUAGCGUCUUCCCCCCCUCCCGUCCCCAUUUUUCUUCCUUCCACUGUUUGAUCAGUGUGACGGGUGCCUGGAAUGGGGGCUCAUGGCUGGGUUGCGGGGAUUUGCCAGCCAUGGGGGCAGUUUUUCUAUCUAGGGGCUGGCUGGCUACAGUGGAAGCCCCUGGGUAUCCCAGGCACCCACCUUCCACUUAAGCGAGGCAGUUGGUUAAAUUAUGAUUAUGAUUAUUAUUAUGAUUAUUAUUACUUUUAUAAUUUUCAAAUGAUAUGCUGCAAGUUCGUAGUUCAUUGUUAGUUGCAUUUGUUUAUUGUUAUUAGGAUUAUCCCCUGGAGUCCCUGGUAUUGAUAAAGGACUCAAUAAAACAUAUUUUGACAAGCUUGUAAAGGAUGGCCACUGGGUCGGAAACCAAACUCAGAAAGUCUUGGAUGCUGUGAUAUUUCAAUACACAGACUGGACAAACCAGACGAACCAGUUAGUAGUACGACAAAAAUAUAUGGAUGUCAUUACAGAUGCAAUGUUUAAGGCUCCAGCUACACGCUCUGCACAGGUGUUUGUGAAAAACAAGAUCAAGACUUUCUUCUACUGCUUUGAUCACUUUGGCAGAGCUGAUUUUCCAGAAUGGGCUGGAGUUUUCCAUGGUGCUGAUCUUCCUUAUGUGUUUGGAGCUUUUUACAAGGGAUAUAAUAAAACUUUUUCGCCCACUGAACAGAAUAAGGAAAUACUGUUCUCAAAGCAGGUUAUUACCCUGUGGAGCAACUUUGCUAAGAAUGGGUAAGUGUAAGAAAUCAAUUCACGCACACGUGUUACCUGGUAAGUCCGUGUAAACCUGGGUUCCUCCCGUAAAAUGAUAUCAUAGCAUAAUGUGCUAGCAACUUUUACUAAAACUGGAUUGCUUUCUCCAAUACUUUAAAUACUCGCUAUGACCGUUUUCCUCCUUUAGUGACUCUUUAUCUCUACUUUUUAUCCAACUUGUAUUUGUCAGAUUUUUAACUUUUUAAAAUUGUAUCAUUCAAUGUAGUGGAAGUUUGUGCGGCCGAGUGGUUAACACCUCGAACUCAGGAACUUGAGGUCCGGGGCUCAGGCCUCGCCUGUUGCGUUGUUUCCUUAGACAAGGAACUUUACUCCACUUUGUCCCUCUACACCCAGGUGUAUAAAAGAUUACCGGCGACAUACUGCUGGGGGGUAAUCCUGUGAUGGACUAGCAUCCCGUCUCGGAGGGUGUAGCAAUACUCCUAGGCAUGCUUGAUGCUAAGGAAACUACGAUAAACUCCGGCCAUUUGGGUCUUUGGCUCGUGUGCGCCUUUAUCAUUUUUUUAACAUUCAAUUUGUAGAAAACCAACUGCAGAAAAUGUCUCCUGGCCAGAGUACAACCUUGGAGACAAACAGUACGUAUCACUGAAGCCUUCAUCUUCCGUUCAAAGGAACAUGCUUCCCGAAAAGAUGGCCUUUUGGAACAAACUUGUUCCUUCUUUGGCAGAACUUGUUCCUACUGUGAUUCCAAUUAAUCGACCUACAACUGCAGCAACCUUAGCGCCAACGGGACAAAAGGAAGCCAUUACUGACAAAGGUUGGAUAUUCACUUUUGAGGAUAAUGAAUUGAGGAGGGUAAUUACUGGGGUAAGGUCUCGGGCUCAAGAAAGAACGUAGCCUUCGUGGCUGUGGGUUAGGCGUUCAAAAGGGAAAGGGAAUUGAAGAGGGAAUUUUGGCGGGCAGUAAAAGAAGGGGUUCCCUUUUGUAGCGUUUGUGAGGUGCCGUGUAAGUUUACUAUAGGCCCCAAGAAAACCAUGGGUAAAAACACAUGAAAUAAAGAUUUAAUCUGAGGAGUUUGUUUUGGUUCAAUCCAGUGUUAAAUUUGUUGAUUACAAAGUUGAAUCCGUUUACUUCACCGGCCCUCCUCUCUCAGGCAUUAUUCAUGUGGUAAAGAAAUUAAUUUUGUGUUGUAUUUGGAUUGUUUUUUUUUUUAUUUUACGUUUCUUUUGCAUGCAACGUGUACAGGUAUCUUAACUGUUUCGUAAUAAUUAAUUCAGCAUUAUUUUUUGCAGGAACGCAGAACGCUUUAAUCGCUGUAGUUGCAGUAUUGGGGGUUCUUCUCGUUGUUUUUUCAAUAGUUAUAUGGCGCCUCAGAAGAAAGUUGGUAAUUACCAACUCCGAACCAAAUUUAACAACGAGGCUAAUAUAGUGGUGAUAUUGCUACCAACACUGUUCUGUUAAUUGUCUUUUAGUCAACAUCAUUGUUCAAGCAUCAAUUUAAUAGUUAGGCCCCGUGCAUAUGGAGAAAAGUUGUCCCGGGUUGAAGGAUCACCCGCUCAACCGAGCUACCCUGGACGAGCGAACGUUUCAUACAGAUACAUAAAUAGCGACUUUAAGAUCCAACGACGCGGUCCUUGACGUUAACGUCAAAAAAACAAUAGGUUUUAUAAAAAUAACAACAACUUUGCACGUGCAUCACGCUUUUUGUACAUUUCUUUGCCCGAUUUUGCACGACUAUACGACGUAAAAAUGCCUAAUUUCACGUUUUAUGGAGUACGUAAACAAGCAACGACGAAAUUUUAUUUCUCUCUCUGAACUUGGAUAUGGUCCCUCGGAAUUCAACUCCAGGAGGGUUCGCCUACAUUUGACAAAGUAAGUCGACAGGAAUAAUUGUGAUAAAGACUGGACGAACGCAAAUUCACUUUUUAAGCUACGUUUUCUUUGCCGCCGCGUCGUUGUAUCUUAAAGUUCCUGAUGAUUGUCCUUACAAAACACGACAAAGCUUUUAACUGAGAAACAAUAGCAUUUAGUUGGCUCGGUUAGAAGGUUGACCCACCUAGUAGGGUCAACCUUCUGUGAUGAUAGAGACACCCUUUUAUUCUCCAUCACUUUGGCUCACCCAGCCGUAUCAACUCCAUCAUGGCAAGUUUUAGACAGUCAGUGCUGUUGGGUUGGGUUGGGCUAAGGGGCCAACAAUUUUCUCUUACAUUCUAUCGCGAAAAUGGGCUUGGCUGGGAGGAUUACCCUCCCACCCGGGACAGGUUUUCUCCAUAUCAACAGAGCCUUAUUAAAGUUAGUUCUAACGAACCUGUUCCAACUAACAGGCUAACACAGUUGUCUCGGCAGUAAUACAGUUUACGUUUUAUCUCAAGAUCAUUCAAUCUACACGAUAAAUGAAUGGUAAACAGAAAGUUAUUUCUUUUUAUGAAAUAACCAGGAUAGUAAGCGCGUUCUGAUUGGUUAAAAACCUAUGGUUUAUUGUGCCGGUAAACUAAUAGAAGCUGUUCAUACAAGCUCUUCUCGUGUUCUCCCAACGUCCCGCGUGGAUCAUCACGCCGGUAAACCCAUAGAAAGUGUGGUCUAUUGCUUAACUAACCUACUCCAACUAGCGGGCUGACUCAGUUAUGAUAUUGGAAUGAAACUGAUUCUUAGUUUACUCAGCUCCUGAGUACGUAGUUCAAUCGUGAACUAAAUAUUUGAGUUCAGUCAUUUUUAAUGGGAGAUUUUUCGCUAGGCAGAAUGGAAUUUUUCUCCGAAACAGCAACUGCGGUAAUACUGGUGCCAGUAUAUAUUAUUCGUUCCAAUAUUACAUUAAUUUUCGAACAAACACAGAGCCACUAAAGGGAACUACGGCUGUAGGGUGGACUCGCGCAGGUAUGAAAAUUGCGUGUAUCCUGUUCACAGCCCCCUGGUCGUUUUCACAUCCAUAGAUAGGAAUUUUAUUGUACUCCUUUGUACAGGUAAUAGCAUGAUCUGUAGUGAUAUUUGGCAUAAAUAACACGAGUGAUAUUUCAAAAUUGUUAUACGUAAUUUCGCGAGCCGUUAGGCGAGUGUAUUUAUGCCAAAUAUCACGUACAAAUCAUGCUAUUAAUUGUUUAUACUACUAGCCUUAGAAGGUUUGUAAUUUUCACAUGUAGGUAUUUCAAAUUAAGCUGAAAUACCACUGCUCUAAGCCAAUCAAAUUGCAGAAAUUUCUCAUGUAGCAGUAUAACA